AUGAUGGAAUCAGAUGAGGAGACAGACAGUGACGAAGAGGAUCUUACGAAGAAACUGCUGCAUAAUGAGAACGAUAGGAAAAAAGAGCACCUAGAUAUUGAAGAGAGAGAUAAAGAGAAGAUUGAUUCCGUCGUGUUUAUGCCGAAGAAAGACGUCGUGAAUGUGGCAGAGCCUAGCGGUAGUGGAGUGGGCAAAAAGCGGCCGGCAGAGACGGAAACAUCAGGAACGGAAGCGGCGAACGAUGCGAAGAGGCCCAAAGUUGAAACACCAUUAGUACCGGAGGGCUUGAACGAAGAGACGGUUCGUAAAUAUCUGCGCCGUAAGCCGCACACAACGAAAGAGUUGCUGGCAAAGAUUAAGCAGAAAUGUGGUGAUAUGACGAAGGCGGAGAUUGUAACGAAAUUGGCAGCAAUACUUAAGGUGAGUAAUCCGUCAUUAGCUACAGUGGUUUUCGCUACAGUCGCUGAG